AUGCCUUCAGAGGAGCAAGAACUAGAUGUGAUUGUGGUCGGUGCAGGAUUUGGAGGUUGCCAUCUCCUGCAUAACCUGCGGAAGAAUAACUUCUCUGUCAAAGUACUAGAGGCUGGUCCAACAAUCGGUGGGGUAUGGUGCUGGAAUAGAUACCCUGGCGCCAGAGUCGACUGCGAAUUCCCUUACUACGGCUUCUCGGAUCCAGCUAUAUAUGAAACAUUCAAAUGGACAGAGCGGUUUCCAUCUGACACAGAGCUUCGCCGAUAUUUUCAGCACGUAGCAGAUGUCUGGGACCUACGCCGUGAUAUCAAUCUAAAUACGCGGGUCAAGGAAGCAAAGUACAACGAGGAGCAGAAUCGAUGGUAUUUGAAGACAGGAGCGGAUGAAAAGGUGUGGAAAUGCCGCUGGCUCGUUGCUGCAACUGGUACAUCAUUCAAACAGCACAUUCCGGAGUGGCCACAGCGGGAACUUUUCGAAGGCGUGAUCCACCAUUCCGCUCUCUGGCCUGAGAAUGUAUCGCUCGAUGGCAAAAAGGUAGCCGUCAUCGGAGCCGGUUCAACAGGAAUCCAAAUCGUGCAGGAAGCUGCCAAAGCAGGCCAGCAAGUGACACAAUUCAUUCGGACGCCAAACUUCGCCGUACCCAUGAGACAACGGCAGAUUUCGGAGGACGAGAUCUAUGCCAAUCUGCCGCAAAUACCUCAUGUAUUCAAGGCAUGUCGGUCGACCAAUUCUGGUCUUCCUGUCGUCAACUCUGGUCUGAAAGUGUUUGAUGAAUCGCCGGAAAAACGGGAAGCACGUCUGGAGCAUGGUUGGAAACAGGGCGGCUUCACCUGGUCUAUGAGCUCGUACUCAGACUACCUUGUUGAUGCAAAAGCUAACCGCGAGCUUUACGACUUCUGGUGCAAAAAGACCCGAGCACGAAUCACGAAUCCGGCAAAGAGAGACCUCCUCGCCCCUCUAGAGCCACCAUAUUAUCUCAACACCAAGCGACCGAGCUUCGAGCAAGACUACUAUGAAUGCUGUGACAAGGACCAUGUUGAGAUCACGAAUUCUCCCAUCGCUAAAUUCACCAAGAAUGGUAUCGUCACCGAAGAUGGGAAAGAAAGAGAGUUUGACAUAGUGGCUAUCUGCACUGGUUACGAUGCAGUCACAGGUGGGCUUCGAACGAUGGGAAUCAAAGGUCGCAAUGGCAUUGAUCUCGACGAGAAGUGGAAAGAUGGGAUCAUCACAAACCUCGGAAUGACAGUUAAUGGGUUCCCCAAUUUCUUCAUGGUCUAUGGUCCGCAAGCUCCAACGAGUCUGACCAACGGACCGCCAUUUAUCGAGAUACAAAAUGAAUACAUCUUACAGCUGCUCACGCGGCAGAGAGGCGAGAACAUCGAAACAAUCGAAUCAAGUCCAGAGGCAGAGCAGGCCUGGCGAGAGCACGUGCUGGCUUUGGCGGAGCGAACGUUGCUAGUCAAGACGAAUUCUUGGUACAUGGGAGCCAACAUUCCUGGCAAGAGAAGAGAGUAUCUCAUCUACCUUGGUGGACUUCCGUUGUAUAAGCAGAAGAUGCAGGAAGCGGUAGAUAAGUGGCAGGGCUACACGGUUCAGCCGAUUGCAGCGUCGGCGUGA